AUGUCAGGUGAUUAUGAAAAUCAAAGAUCACCUGAAUGUUCACAUUCACAUUCAAGAAGUCCAAUUCAUCUUUCAUCAUCAAAUAAUAAUCAAAAAUUAUCAUCACAAAGAGAUUAUAAUCAAUUGACAUCAAGAAAUAAUAAUGAACAUAAUUUUCAUGAUAAAAGAAAUAAUUAUUAUCGAUCAAGUUAUUCAAAUCCUAAUAAUACAAAUGAUAAUCAGAAUAUUGCUGAUGUUCAAAUUAACCAAACAAUUAAUUUAUAUUCAGAUCAAGAACUUGAAUUAAAAUAUCGAUGGGAAAAAACAGUUCAUGUUUCAAAUAUUCCUUAUGAUAUGGAAUCGACUGCAUUAAAAGAUUUAUUUCUUACUAAAGUUGGUCAAGUUAUGUAUAUAGAAAUAUUUAAACGAGAUGGGAAAUCACUUGGUUGUGGAUCUAUUGAAUUUCGAACUGUUGAAGAAGCUAAACAUGCUGUUGAAAAAAUGCAUCAAUUUGAAUAUGAUGAUCGAAAAUUAACAGUUAUAUUGGAUGAAGAAGGUUAUCAAACACGUCGAGCUAAAUAUCAAACACUUGAAGGAUGUCUACUUCAAAAGAAUAACUUGCUUCAUCAUCAUUGUAACCUAUCAAAUCAAUUUGAUCAUACAAGUGAAAACAUCAAUAGCAUAUCUCUUUCAUCUCAAAUAACAGAUCUUAAUAGUAUUGGUACAUCAUUUUCGAAUUAUUCAUCUCUUACUGAUAUCCCAUCACAUGUCUUACAAAGAUUAGUUAUUGAAGAACCUAUUACAAAUAAAAUCUUUAUUGAAAAUGUCGAUUUUCAAUGUAAUGAAGAAAAAAUUCAUGAAUUAUUUUCAUCAGUUGGUUGUAUUCGUGAUGUAACAUUAAAACAAACAAAAGAAGGACAACGUGAUGGUAUGGCUGUUAUUGAAUAUAAACACUCAUUAGAAGCUGUACGAGCUAUAUUAAAGUUUAAUCAACAACAGUUAUAUGAUAGAAUAAUGACUGUUAAAAUUGUUUUGAAAGAUGGAGAAAAAGAUAAUGGAAAAUUAAUGAAAUUACCAAGUUGUUUAAAAUCCAUUGCUACUGGUUUAAAUAUUGCUGAAAAUCCAUUAGGAACAGCAAAUAUUAAUCAACUUGAAUCACCAAUAAUACAAGUAAAUCCAAUAAAUCCAAAUUCAAUGCAAAAAAUUACAUCAAAUAUAUCAGUUUCUAUCAAUCAUAAUGAUCUUAUAGCUUUACAAACACUUUCACAAUUAUCAGGUACUGUAAAGUGA